UAGAAAACGCACACCAUUUUCGAUUCCAUUGCAUUUCUCCGUUCCCUUCCAUUCCAUUGUUCUGCUCAGUUCUCUCUCUCUCUCUCUAGGGCUAAGCCAUUCAUCAACGGAGCCAUGAACAUCUUCAGGCUCGCCGGUGACAUGACCCAUCUUCUCAGCAUUCUCGUUCUCCUCCUCAAAAUCUACGCUACCAAAUCAUGUUCAGGGAUUUCUCGUAAGACUCAAGAGCUAUAUGCAAUGGUGUUUGUGACACGUUAUUUGGACCUGUUCACGGACUUCAUCUCCGUUUACAACACCACCAUGAAGCUGGUGUUCAUUGCGAGUUCCUUGGCCGUUGUGUGGUACAUGCGUGUUCACCCUAUGGUCAGGAGAAGUUAUGAUAGGGAACUCGACACGUUUCGCCAUUAUUUUCUUGUUGGGGCUAGCUUUGCUUUGGCACUUGUCUUGCAUGAGAAGUUCACCUUUCAAGAGAUUUUCUGGGCAUUUUCAAUAUACUUGGAGGCAGUGGCAAUACUGCCCCAGUUGGUUUUGUUGCAACGAAGUGGAAAUGUUGACAAUUUGACUGGUCAAUAUGUAUUCUUUCUUGGUGCAUAUCGUGCAUUUUACAUUCUGAACUGGAUAUACCGCUACCUGACUGAACCGCGCUUUACUCGAUGGAUAGCUUGCAUCUCAGGUGUCGUUCAGACAGCUUUGUAUGCAGAUUUCUUCUACUAUUACUUCAUCAGCUGGAAGAACAAUUCAAAACUAAAGUUGCCUGCUUGAAUUAUCUCAAGGUUGUUUUGGAAUUUGGACCCUUGUGAGAUGAGUCACUGCUGGAUUUUUCAGAGCGUGGUUUGGAUGAUGUUUAGUUUAGAGAAAGACGAGAUAAGGCCAAGUCCGCCCCCUACUCAUGAGUGGGGUAAAUGGGAUUUUCUUUUUCUUUUAUUUUGUACGAGGGUAAAUGGGUUUUAACUUCUGAUGAUAUAACCGUCUCGUAGCAAUUCAAGAUUAGGUUAAAUGCAAAUGUCAUAUGUGAUUAUAUGUUUUGUAGAUUCACGUCUCCAUUGCAUAUUAUUGUACAGUUUGUAGUGUAAUGUAGCUGAUUUUUGGUUAUGAUAAGAAUGAUUCCUGGCUUA